UUUCAGCGUUCCAUCUGUUCCAUCACGGCGGUAACGAUCUGUCACCAUUUUUUCCAUCACUUGUUUCGCAGGGAAUUAAAUCCUGUAAAUUCCGAACUAAUAAACAAUGUGGUUCGAAAUAUUACCUUCCUUCGGGAUUAUCACGGCCAUCCUGUCCGUUCCCGGAUUCGCGCUGUAUGGACUGCAUUAUCUGACACUGGAUAACGCCUACCGUCGUAAUACCGAUGAGAGAUGGGAACGUAUUAUGUACGUCCGGGACAUGAGACUCACAGGCGACCCUUACAAGGCAAAUGGCCUGGAAUCAAUUCCGGAUAAGUAAAUCAGUAAGUUCUUAUAUGCAUCUUUCAAACAGUAAAUUAAAUUGGAUAAUUAAUCUGAAGAAA